AUGGCCUUCACCACCCCCUCUCGUCUCGUUAUCAGUCUCGUCCUCAGAGGCGCGCAAUUGUUGUUUGCCAUCCUCGUGUUGGGGAUUGCUGCUGGAGGAAUCGAUAAUGCAGGAGACUUUGUCGAAGACCCCUUUGCCUUGAGUGUGGCCACUGCCGUGCUCUCCAUCUUGUACCUCGUGCCCAUGUUGAUCCCCAAGGUGUUGGCGGUGAUCCCGUUGGGAGUCACCCUCUUCUUCGAGUUCGUGCUCUUCGUGCUCUGGUUGGCGUCGUUUGGCCGCACCACAGACAUCUUUGCCAGGAUGACCUGUGUGGAUACAACCUUUGUCUACCUUGAUUACAAUGUGUCGUGGUGCAGACUCGGUAAGGCCAACAUUGUCUUCACGUUGUUUGAGUUUCUCUUGUUCCUUGCCACCAUUGUCUUGAUGGUGGUGUUCACAGCCGUGCCCACCAAGGGCGCAGAUAUUGGCCAACGCGGUACCACCCUCCGGGGAGGCAUCUUCCCUGCUUCCCCCAGCACCCACCCAGAUGCCAUUGGUGACGUGCCUGUGGCUGCCGCUAACGAGGGCGACAUCCACACCGCCCACUCCGACAUUGCUGACAAGGAGACUGCUCUCGGCUCCGACAAGGAGGCUGUCCACCCAGACCCCACCUUCACUGGCGACGAAGUACACCUCGAUUCCACAAACGUGGGUGCCCCCCACUCGGAUGCUGACGCUCAGUUCCACGACCCUGCUGGGGUCGACACCAGACCUGUCGGUCAAGGACCCUCUGCCCACUAA